AUGUUCAGCCGACUCGCCGUCUUCACUGUGGCAUUUAUUGCGUUCUUCUCCCAUGCCGUCGUGGCCACCUGGAACGACGGUAUCGGUGAUAUAGCCGACGGGUACUUCUCCGUUAUCGGACGUUGGAACCACGUCGACGUCGGUUUCCCCGGUGGGGAUUCUGAGGGUGGAAGCGUGGAGAUCCACGGCCAGGACCAGACCACUGUCCAGAGCGGCGUCAACUGCCCUGGCACCACCGACAUUACCUCCUUUCUGCCCUAUGUGGUCACCGUUGAUAUAACGCUGAGCAACUGGUGUGACGAGGAGAACAAUGACGGGGUGGCGUUUAAUUACGCGAACCAGCACGUCGAUAUUCCGUCGGACAGCAGGUGCAGCGGCAUUUCCUGCGACGGAUUCGAUCAGUUCAACUGUUGGAGGUGUAUUAUUGCUAUAAAUCCCUAA